AGCGCGUGUCCGGGUCGCCACUGUCCCGACUCAGCAUGUCUCCGAGACACACACCCGCGCUGCUCCUGCGUCUCUUCCCGCCACUGCUCCUGCUCCUCGCAGCGGGACAGCAGUGCCUCGCGGCUCGUCCGCUCCUCGUGUUCCUGAUCGAUGGGUUCCGUCAUGACUACAUGGAUGAUCUUCACGCUCUACCUGGAUUUCGCGAGCUCGUGGGCAAUGGGGUGAAAGUGGAUUAUAUGACACCGGACUUCCCGAGUUUAUCAUACCCUAAUUACUACUCAUUAAUGACAGGCCGUCACUGUGACAUUCAUCACAUGACUGGAAACUACAUGUGGGAUGAAGCCUCAAAGAAGGAAUUCCUGAUUGGGACCAACCCCGACAGUCGACUGCCUCUUUGGUGGGAUGGGUCAGAACCACUGUGGGUCACCCUGCAGAGACAUGGAAAGAAUGUCUUCAUGUACUACUGGCCAGGCUGCGAAGUGGAAAUUCUGGGUGUCCGUCCAACAUUCUGUGAGGAAUACGUCUACAACCCAUCAGAGAAAAACCUCACAGACUCGAUAGAGGAUGCUCUCAAUGUCCUAAGGGCAGGCCAAGCGAGCAUGGCAGCAAUAUAUUAUGAGAAAAUAGAUGUGGAGGGCCAUCACUUUGGUCCAGACUCUCAUCAGGUCAGAACAGCUGUGCGACAGCUGGAUCUUGCCAUGCAGACACUCAACAGCAAAAUCAAAGAGAAAAACAUGGUGAACGAGCUGAACAUUGUGCUAUUUUCAGACCAUGGUAUGACAAAGAUCCAGUGGAUGGAGAAGGUCAUAGAGCUGGACAAGUAUGUCAACAUGUCAGCCAUUGUCAAGAUGAUGGACAGAGGACCAGUGGUUAGUCUGUGGCCCAAAGAUAACAAGUACCAAGAGGUGUAUGCCGCAUUGUCCCAGGUGCCUAACAUGCGUGUCUAUGCCAGACAGGAGAUCCCUGAACGUUUCCAUUUAAAAGGAGGGAAGUUUGUUUCCCCCCUGACGCUGGUCGCUGAGCCUGGCUGGUUUAUCGCAGAGAACAGGGCAAAACUCCCAUACUGGAAAAACGACUCUGGAGAGCCCUCGGCGUGGCAAAAUGGUUGGCAUGGUUACGACAAUGAAUUUCUUGACAUGAGAGGCUUUUUUUUGGCAACAGGACCCGAGUUCAAGCGGAAUUUUCGGGCGGCUCCAAUUCGAGCGGUGGAUGUCUACAAUGUAAUGUGCUGGACGUUGGGGGUGAAACCUUUGCCCAAUAAUGGCUCCUGGUCUCGGGUAGAGUACUUCCUGAAUGGCUCUGAUGGUCCAUCCCAACCCACAACCCUCUUUUGUGUGGGUUUGUUAGGAAUACUGCUUGCACUAUGGUAAUGAAGAAUUGAACAGUUGAGUGUUUAUGGCACCCGAUGGAAGCUAGAAAUUAUCGGCUAGAAAGACUUAGAACAUUACACCAUGUAGAGGCCGUUGAAUCUAAAUGUAAGGGAAGAGAAAUGAAAGAGGCUGGAAAAUUUCACCAUGAAAUGAUUAGAGCAUUCUUGAGGACCAAGAACCUGAGGCCUUAAAAGAGUUUUCCAUGAUCUCAUCCCAAUCCUUCAAUAGACUGGGCAAAAAGAAUCCUACAAACCCACAACACCUUAGACAGGACUUCCAUUUUGGAUCCUUACGAGCCCUAAACUCACAGUUUCUCUUCUUUGUCCAGCUCUCCAUGUCUGAUCAACAUGUCUUGAUGUCUGUGGUACACACUUUAAAUGUCCAACAAAACAACUAAAUGUUAACCUUUA